CCGUUUUUCAGUUGUAAUUCCACAGCGCAAACUUAACGGUCUAUCUUCUUGUCCUCGUCGUGUGCUAUACUUGAACAAUUCCAAGAUAUUCACAUAUAAACAUACAGCAUGAAAAUUUUUGUUAUUUUUUCUGUCCUAGGAUAUACAUUUGCGGCGGAAUGGGGAUACGUAGGAGACAUAGCCCCGCCAUUCUGGAAGGACCUGAUACCUGAGAAUGUGUGUGACGGCGCCAGUCAGUCGCCUAUCGACCUACCACAGAAUGCAGCCAUGGAGUAUGACGCCAACCUGGCGGAGUUCUCGUACCACGGAUAUGAAAACAUGGCAACGUCAAACAUCUCGGUCCACAACAACGGUCACACAGUUCAGUUGAGUAUUCUGGACAACCAAGGGACUUACAUCACGGGCGGUGGACUGGCGGAGCAGUAUGACGCCUUGCAAGCCCACUUCCAUUGGGGACCGACGAACAUGGAGGGCUCCGAACACACAUUCCGAGGCCACAAGUUCCCCCUCGAGCUUCACAUCGUGCACAAGAAGCGGAGCGCAAUGGACAUUACAGCGGCUGCGAAUAUGUCGGAUGGACUGGCAGUUCUCGGAUUCUUCUUCGACAUUGAUGGUUACGACAGGGACAACGCCGCCCUGGAACCCCUCAUUACAUCCUUGGAGAACGUCCGAUUUAAAGGUAAAUCGCGGCCGUUGAACAUUGACUUUUCCGCACUGAUGCCGACGACAGAGCAUAGCGAGUUCUACCGGUACAACGGCUCCCUAACCACGCCCACCUGUAACGAAGCCGUCGUGUGGACAGUGUUUGAGAACAAGAACACGCUCUCCACCAGACAGAUGGCGGCCUUCCGGACACUGUACGAGAAUGAGGAGGGCCAAACGGCCCACAAGAUGACCAUGAACUAUCGGCCGGUGCAGGACAUCCGACGCCGUACUGUCUACAAAAACUACCAGACGGCCGUUCCAAGUAGUUACCACUGGGGUUACCAUGGAUACGAAGGCCCAGCUAGCUGGGGCAUGUACCACACGGAGUGCGCCAAAGACCACCAGUCUCCCAUCGACAUCCCAGCCCCAGAGCAGCUGGAGUUUGACAUCAAUAUGGACCUGGACACUCUCAGAUAUCACAACUACGCAAGCAACUUCGACGGAGAGCUCUUCAACAACGGGCAUGCCAUUCAGGUGAACAUUCCUGCGGAUGCGGGUCUGGCCAUUGAUCAGGGCGGCCUAGGUGCGGAGUACACGGCGGCCCAGUUCCACUUCCACUGGGGCAAGGAUAGCCGCAGCGGCUCCGAGCACACGCGCGAGGGACGCAAGUACCCGCUAGAGCUUCACAUUGUCCACUUUAAGAAGGCGUAUGGCAGCUUAAACAACGCGCUCUUCUAUGAGGACGGACUCGCCGUUAUAGGAGUUUUCUUUGACGUAACCAGUGAUGACAACGACAACUAUGUAGACCUCAUCAGUGCAUUCAGUGACAUUUCAUACAAAGGUGGAAAUACGACUGUCAAUGUCAACUUGAGGAACUUGACCUUCCAUGACCUUGGCAGUUCCAACGGGACUCACGUGCCCUAUUUCCGUUACCAGGGAAGUCUGACCACGCCCCCUUGCUUUGAGAUUGUCACGUGGACCGUCCUUAUCCCGCCAAUUAAAAUCAGCGAGAGACAGUUGGAGGAGUUCAGAAAGGUGUACCAUGUAGCAGAGAAGUCGGGCUACACUCCCGUGGCAUAUGACAAAAUUGACAAGAACUACCGACCCGUGCAGCCUUUGGGUGCCCGAAGGGUUUACAUGAGCUACGAUCUGAGCCCCACCGCCGGCGCAUCCGCCGUCCUUGUGCCCGGUUUCAUGUCGGUCAUCGCUCUGGCUCUCGUGUCCAUGCUCCUCCACUCAUAGGAAGUAGAGGUCUGAAAAUGUGUCCAGGUUUACGUCUGUGGAAAGGAGAUUAAAGGCUGCACUCUCACAGAUUGACUGUUAUGACAAUUUGUUAUCUGUUGUGGAAUGAGCCAUUUUUUGCGUCAAUGUUUUGAAACCAGUGAUAUAAGACUGCUGACAAAAGACCAGAUCGCAAUUAAUUAUAUAUUUUUACUUUCAAAAUGUUUUAUGGCUAAAAGCGUUUCUAACGCUUUAAGAAAGAAAAGAGUUUUCCAAAUAACUAAAAUCUGUUAUUUUUGUGAGUUAACUUACAAAACUGAAUUGAAGGCAUUGAUGCCAAAAUAAGCUGGAUCCGAGAAAAAAAAGUCAAAACUGUAAAUCUGUGAAUGUGCUUUAGAAGUAUUUAAGAUGACGAAAUGUAUGUACGUAUGUUAAGUGCACGAUUAUUUAUAUAUCAAGUUUGGUUAAGAUCUGUUUGUGACGAAUAAGAAUGUUGCUGUUUUUAAUUCGUGUAAUAUGCUUACGUGUAUAGGAAUGAACCAACCAUAUUUUCUUGACAAUCAGUAAUGUAAUAAUUCAUCAAAAUAUGCAUUACAUUUGUAUUUGAAAUUAUAGACAUUUCCAGAUUAAAACACAAUAAGUAAACAUACAUACAUGUCGUUUAUUUAUCUUAAAGUUUAAAUUGUGUUAUAUAAGUUAAAUCAUAUUGUAAUGCAUGAUGAUAUAUUUACACAAUGUAUGAUGAAGAAAACAAUAGAGAAACAGAAACGGUGCAAUGAAACAUUGUUAACGUUCAUAUAAUAAAGAACAUGCGAAGGGAUUGGUCCACGAGGUUUUCCAACACAAGUUAAUUAGCAUUACAAAAGUCUUAAAGCUAUAAUUUUAAUAUGUACUCAAGACUACUGCUUCAUAACACGGAUAUAUUCUAACCACUAUUCUAUCUCUUCUUCAAGUCAUGCAUCUUUCAUGUAUACAUGCCUGUUACUUUUACCUCAUAAUCAUUGUCCAUGUGUAUAUUAGUGUGCCAGUAUUCAGUGCAGAUUCCCUGCUGGGGCGUAGCUAACUUAAUAACCCGGAUAUUACCCUAACAGGGCAGUUUUGAAAGGGGUUCCAACGUUUUUCAUUGAAAAAUGAAAAUCAUGAGGAGUAAAAUAUUUGUUCGGCGCCUUGGUUUCUGACAAGUUCAACUUCGUUUUUGUUGAGUGCCUCGAUGCAAUGUAAUUGUACUUAUAUUAUAUUUUGAAUUAAUCUUUAUAUAUUUUGUUGUAUACUAUUUUUAGCAAACUACAGGACAUAUGUUACUUACAAAUGAUGUUCAAAUAAACUACAAAAAUGACAA